CCUCCUCACUGAGCUUAUUCCCAUCCAGUUGCACCAGCAUUCUCCUACCCCCCGUGUGUAAGAGCACUCUCUGGGUUUUACAGUACUGUCGCCAUGGCAUCCAAGGCCUUCCUCCUCGUCGCCCUCGUCCUGGUCCUCUUCACGGUGACCAACGCCUGCGGCGGCGGCUGCCCGACGCCAACGCCACCAACGCCGACGCCGCCGUCACCGUCACCGUCGAGCAAAGGCAAGUGCCCCAAGAACGCGCUCAAGCUCGCGGCGUGCGCCAACGUGGCCGGCCUCGUGAGCGCCGAGGUCGGCCAGCCGCCCGCCGAGCCAUGCUGCAGCAUCCUCGGCGGCCUCGCCGACCUCGAGGCCGCCGCCUGCCUCUGCACCGCCAUCAAGGCCAACGUGCUCGGCAUCAGCCUCGACAUCCCUGUCAAGCUCAGCCUCAUUGUCAACUACUGUGGCAAGAACCUCCCCAGUGGUUUCAUAUGCGCUUGAUAGCUACGCGGUUACGUACUCGCAUGCAACACGCACGCAUGAAUACGGGCAGUGUUUGUUCGUGAGUGCAUGCUGCAUGCAUCGCGUUUGUUUUCGCCGAAUUUUCUUUUGUCUGCUUGCUUUGUCUGCCCGGUGGUUCUGAAUGUAGAACCACGGACGGAUCAACAAUAAUGUGUGAGUUGAUUGUUUGUGUUUUGCCUUUUUCACCUUUUUCAUCCUUCCUCCCUCUAAUUGUAUGGCUAUGGAGAUUUUCUUCUCCAAGGUCCAAGCUAGGAAAUGCAUAUGCAUGUAAUCUAUUUUAGUUUUUAGUGUGCUGUGUUUAUCUCAUUGUCGUAAUUGCUUGUAGUUGAUUCCAUGGAUUGUAUGUACUGCAAGCAAAAGUUUGGACGAGCAAGGGUUAAUUUCCGUUA